AUGGCCGCCGUCUACGCUCAGCCCGCUGCCGCCAACUACUUCACCGCGCCCUCUCACCCUACUCCUAAGCAACGCGGCUAUCGCGUCUGCGACAAAUGCGGGGCAGUAGAGCAGCCACACAACAGGUUCAGGCUUUGUGGUGGCUGCAUGGCUACUCAAUAUUGCUCUCAAGACUGCCAGAAGGCACACUGGCCAUCGCACAAGGCGAUCUGCCAACAUACUGCGUCGCAGAUCUCGUCUGCGAAGCAGCCCAGCUUCGGAGCUGUUGACGAAAAUCUUGUCAAGAGCCUCCGCAAGUUCGUCUCGACACAUAACCUGCUCUUGAGCUGGGCCGGAUUCCAGGCCCUUCAACUGAAGCGUGUGCCCUCCAACAUCCGCCAACACGCCCUGCUCGUCGAGCUGAGCUAUCGUCCAUCAGCGACGGACUCCCUCCGCAGAUUUUCUGUCAAGUCCACUCAUGUUGUCCCCCGCACAUACGUCACCGAUAACGAUCCGCUUGUCGGCGAGGACAUCCACAGGCGAGAGGAUCGCUGCCGCAAGAGCGGUGGCAUCGGCUGUGCUGUGAUCCUCGUCCAGUGCGGGGAAAUCAGCCAAGUCAUGCCCGUCGAGGUCGACUCUCCUUCCCGUAUCUCAUGGGAUAUGCGCGACGACUGGUCGGAGGUUCUCCAGCACUUCGUCGACUCUGGUCGCACAGACUUCAAGCCCAUAUCUACUACCGCCAGGGGGUGA